CUUCAUUCGGGUCGAUUCGUCUAGAUCCCAUGUCCGUAAACAUGGCGCUGCUCAGGCAAAUUGCUGGAAGGCUGACUUCCAUGUCAUUGCAGGAAUUAUCUGCUUCUCAAUCAGCUCCGAUUAUACAUGGAUCCAGACGGUUCGCUUCUGCAUUUAAAUUUGUUCCUGAUGCAGCCUCGCCAUCGGAUGGAGAAACAACAAAGAUGAAUCUAUUCCAGGCUCUCAACAAUGCCAUGGAUGUAGCCUUGACUUCAGACUCUACAGCAGUUAUAUUUGGUGAGGAUGUUGCCUUUGGUGGUGUUUUCAGAUGUACUGUUGGAUUAGCGGAUAAACAUGGUAAAGAUAGGGUAUUCAACACACCACUCUGUGAACAAGGUAUCGUAGGCUUCGGCAUCGGCAUGGCAGCCGUGGGAGCUACCGCUAUCGCUGAAAUACAAUUUGCUGAUUAUAUCUACCCAGCCUUUGAUCAAAUCAUCAACGAGGCAGCAAAGUUCCGGUACAGGUCAGGCAACAUGUUUGACGUCGGAGGUCUCACCAUCAGAGCUCCGUGGGGAGCGGUCGGGCACGGCGCCCUCUAUCAUUCACAGAGUCCAGAGGCCUUCUUUGCACAUAUCCCAGGAGUCAAGGUUGUGAUCCCACGUAGUCCCAUCCAAGCCAAGGGCCUGUUACUGUCUUGCAUACGAGAUCCAAAUCCAUGUAUCUUCUUUGAACCUAAAGUACUCUAUCGUGCAGCUGUUGAGCAAGUCCCAGUCAAGGAUUACAUGAUUCCAUUGUCAAAAGCAGAAGUACUACAAGAAGGCAGUGAUGUGACCUUGGUAGGAUGGGGUACCCAGAUACAUGUUCUGAGGGAGGUUGCUCAAAUGGCCCAAGAGAAGCUUGGAGUCAGCUGUGAGCUGAUCGACCUGGUCACCAUCUUACCCUGGGACAAAGAUACUAUAAUCAAGUCGGUAGAGAAGACUGGUAGACUACUGGUAGCGCACGAAGCACCAAUCACAGGUGGAUUUGCAUCAGAGAUUGCCUCCAGUGUACAGGAGGAGUGCUUCCUGCAGCUAGAAGCCCCCAUACAGAGGGUCUGCGGCUGGGACUCGCCCUUCCCUCAUAUAUUUGAGCCCUUCUACCUCCCGGACAAGUGGAGGUGUCUGGACGCCAUUAAGAAGAUGAUCAACUACUGAAGAAAAUCUAGCAAUAUUUAUGAUCAGAGAUGUCGGUUCCUGCCAUCGCUGUUAACCCUGUGAAUGGAUCUCGUCCAUUCUAUUUCUGCUGACUGUAAUAAGAUAUAUUGUCUUUGUAUUCUCUGUGCGUGUGAAGACAUAUGUGAACAUACUCCUGGGGAAGUUUCAAGGACCUGAUGGUGGAAAAACCUUUAAUGGAUCAUGUAUAGGUGUAGACCAAAAAAUCAGUCUAUUUCGUCUGGGACUACAUCUGGCUUCCCUGAAUUCCAUGGAGGAGUUUCAAAAGACAAAACUUUUUUUUUAAACUCCUCCCAGCAGACAUAUUUUUCAGUCUAGUAUUGGUGUGUUGUUAUGUUUUCUUGUAAUCUUUAAGAUACCAUAUAUUUUUUUUUUUUUUAUAGAAACCAACUUGUAAAUGCACAUUGGUUGAUCCAAGACACAAUAUAAAACCCAACCUGUCAUGCGAUAUAUACUAGAAAAAAGUGGGCUCAAAUUUGUGUUUGUUUGCCAACUCCCACCCCCCCCCCCCCCCCCCCGCAAAUUGUAUACCAGGUAGUAGAAGUAGUAGAGGGGAAUAGUCAAGGGACUAUCAUUUCCCUGAUUUAUGUAGAAACAUGAGUGAGAUUAAUUUAUUCUUCUCAUCUUCUAUGAUCUGGACCGAAAGUUCUUUAGAGCAGGGUAAUAUUAAAGAGUCUAUCACUUUUCCUAAUUCAUUUAAGAACAUGAUUGAGAUUGAUGAAGCCUGUGAUGGUCCAGUAACUUUAUUCAAAGGGUCGUUAGUGAUGAUAGGUCGUUAGUGACGAUAGCUCAUUUUAAAGACAGAUGCUCCUAUAACAAGCUCUUUAACCUAUAGAUACAGGGUUGUCAUUAUCAUGUAGAAUAAUAAAAGGCAAUCUGUCACACUGUUUUGUGGAGAACAUCUAGUUUGAUGACAUGUGAAUAUGUAAUAUAUACAAUAUCAAUUAUUUUGUCAUUUACACCACAUGCAUGUAUGUAAGUGCUCUUCAAAUUGAUAACAUUUGGUGAACCACGAUGUUGAUAGUGGCAAGACUUAUGGCAGGGGUCCAAAACAAAUAGUGAGGGUCUAUAUGUACCAAUACCGUAUUGACAUUUUGAUAUGUUGGGCAUCUUGGCAGAUUCUUACAUUUGUAUUUGUGUGUGGGGGUGUGGGGGGGGGGGGGGGAGCUGUGUGUACCUGUACAAGUCCUGCAAGUUUGGCCUAAUUUAACAAUGAAUCAAGCCAUCGCCGGCUGGUAGCAAGUAAGUAGGAGAAAGGUCGCAUAUUGCGUUGUGUGGUCACUGUGGUGGAGAUUUAAAUAGGCCAGAUUCUGGACUAGUCUGGGGCCUGUUCAUGAAAAUUGUUACAAAUGAAUUAAACAACGCACAAAAAUUACAGUGAUAAACAACUGAUAUCCUCACAUAUGAUUGGCUAUGAGCAGUUUGGUCAUAGAUCCAUGAUAGUUGU